AUGGCAAGCAUGGGGCUCUUGAGCCCGACUUUACACAUUGAGGUUCUCAUGACCAGCGCUGUCUCGGCUCAGGCACUGAAAGACAUCCGAACAGCCAUCACGCAGUUCUUGCACAAACAAUACUGGGGCUUGAAGCUUGACCAAGAAAUUUCCGGAUACGAAGACAUCGCACACGCGCACCUGAUCGCCCGAAUAGACGUCGCAGACUACACUGGUCCGCCGCAAGAAGGAAACUGUUACGUCCUGAAUGAGGUCCAACUAGACGUCGUCAUCUACACACUCCGAGCCUUCGAAGAAGCUCGACCACGUCGCAGAAUCAGCCAGUUUGCAGCUGAAGAUGAGGUCUCGCAGACACGCAUUCUGCCUCUGCCUCAUGUGGCUCUGAAAGAUGAGUGGAGCUCGCUGAUUUAUGGUGAUCGUCUUCCUUCGCAGCUGCUACGCUACCUCUGCCGGAUGUUGGUUGUGAUGAAGCAGCCUGGGCUCAAUCUGAGCUUGUUCAAUUGGAAUCGGCUCUGUCUGCUUCAUGGGCCUCCAGGUAGCGGCAAGAGUACUCUGUGCCGCGCACUGGCGCAGAAGCUCAGCAUCCGACUCUCGGGUAUGUUUUCUCAGGCCGUACUCAUGGAAGUCAACACGACAGCGAUGCUCUCCAAGUACUUUGGCGAAAGUGGCAAGCUUAUCACUUCACUGUUCGACAAGAUCCACGGCAUGGCACAAUCUUCUACGACGCUGGUUUGUGUUGUCAUUGACGAAAUUGAGACCAUUGCCGGCUCGCGAGAAAAGGCCAAUGCUGGUGGCGAGUGUAGCGACGGAGUUCGGGCGACCAACCAAUUACUCACUGCGCUUGAUCGUCUCAGAGCGCUGCCCAACAUUGUCGUGCUGUGCACGAGCAAUCUUCUUGGUGCGAUUGAUCCAGCAUUUCUCGAUCGAGUCGAUAUCAAGCAGUUCGUGCCUAGCCCGUCUCAGUCAGCGAUUUACAACAUCUUCCGGUCCUGCUUGAACGCGCUUGUCGCGGACGCAGCACCAGAUGGAACUGCACACCCAGUAUCGCCAAAAGAAGCUGAUUCCCCAGCUGAGACUCCGCAGCAGCGUACGCAAACCUCUCCCGAGGACGGGAGCACGACCAAGCCCGAAAAGCCCUCGAUUGCAACGUUGGAGCAGAUGAAGAUUGAGUAUUAUGAGCAGCCGGAAGCAGCUUGUCGACGAUUGUGGACCAUAGCUCGGAAGUGCGAGGGGUUCAGUGGACGGAGACUGCGUCGUUUACCUAUACAUGGCCUGGCAAUGUACACAUGGUGCAGCACGUACUCCCUUGAUGAUGCGGUCACCGCUCUCGAAGCAGCAGUCGAUGAGGAGCUGCAGGUGAAGUCGAGUGGCACUGCGUGAACUCAUGUGAGGAAGCUCGUCAUGAACUCUUGCGCCCGACAGCGAACCGAGACUAGAAUUACUUAGCGUUGCAUGCCAGAC